AUGCUAAAACCAUCCCAACCAGUUUUUGGAGUUAUUACAACUUAUGCAUCACGUAUAAGGACAGGAAAUACAUCUCUUAUUAUCCCUAUUCAAGGACAGUCCGGAUCUAGGAGUACAGGAAGACUUUCUUCUCGUGGAGGCAUUAUAUCAUAUACAGAAAAAGAUGAUGAUGACUGGGAUCAAAUAGCAGAAAAUGGACAAGAAACAUAUGCAGUAGAAGCAGAUGAUACUGGUGAUAAUAAGGGAUAUAUUAACGGGCCACCUCCAGAUAGUGUUGUUAAAAGAAAACCUGCAGUUAAAACAAGACACAUGUAUAGAUCUGAUGAUCAAAUGAAAUUUGCAGCAGAGAACGAAGAAGUGUUGAUUCCAAUUAGACUAGAUUUAGAGCUAGAUAAUUAUAGAUUAAAAGAUGUUUUUACAUGGAACAUGAACGAGGAACUAAUUACACCUGACCUAUUUGCACAAAUUAUGUGUGCAGAUCUGGAUAUACCAGCAUCGAUUUUUGCACCACAAAUUUCUUCUGCAAUACGCACACAAAUUGAGGAGUAUGCUCCAGUUGCGGAAAUAUCUUUACCUGAAAAUAAUGAUUUAAGAGUUAUUGUUAACUUGUCUUUACAUUUAUCUAGACAUCUUCUAACAGACAAAUUUGAAUGGGAUUUAACCAGUUCUCUUACACCAGAGGUUUUUGCUGGCCAAGUAUGUGCAGAUUUAGGACUAAGCGGAGAAUUUUAUCCAGCUAUUGCACAUGCUAUUCAUGAGCAUGUUCUUAGAUUGAAAAAAGAAGCGUGUGAAGGUGGUUUGCCCUUUGAAUUGGACAAUGAUGCUGCAUAUGGUGCAGAAGCUGGCAUCCGCGUUGAGCAGGAAACACUAGGAGCUAGUUGGGCGCCUCAUAUCGAAGUUCUUAGCAGAGAAGAAAUAGAAAAAAGAGAUGGAGAUCGUGAGCGCCAAGUCCGGCGAACUCGGCGAGAAGCAUCCCGCUUUGGUGCAGGUUCGAUUUCUAAUUUUGGUGAAAGAAGAAGUGGACGAGAUAAACGUGGACGAAGCUUAAGCCCAAAUAGUAGAGGAGCAUCUGAACAAUCAAUACCAGCAGGCGUAAGCGGUGCACAAACAUUAUCUGAUUACGAACGCACACGUUGGAGAUGUUCUUAUUGCCAUUGUUCAGGUACAGGCACUUGGGCUGUCCGUAGAGGUCCUUCUGGUAAUAAGACACUAUGUAAUCCUUGCGGCGUUGCUUAUGCUAGAACAAAUGAACUUCCUCUGUGGAGAAAAGGCCUUUUUCGCUGA